UGUAUUUUUCUUCAAACAUUCAUUAAAACCAUAUGAUGGAAAGACCGAAACGGGAAAAUGCUGGAAAUAGAAUGGCAGUAUUGCUAGAGAAAGAGGACGAAGAUGACUUUUAUAAAAAUGUCUAUGGAGGCUUUAAAGAUGAAGAAAAUGAUAUCGAAUUUGAAUCUGGCAUGGAAGAUAGCACUGAUAUAUCAGAUUCUGAUAUCAGUAUUAGUGAGGAUGAUGCUUCUUAUGAUUCUUCUGAAAUGUUGGAAAAAGAGGAAAAGCUUUCAAAAAUAUCAAUGGUUAAGGCUGCAAUGAAAAAGUCAACCAGUUUGUUUGAAAAAAAACUUGUUAAACCUAAAGAUUUAGAAAAAAAUGAAAUUGAGGAAAGUGCAUCAAGUCUUUCUUCUGAAAGGAUGGAAGUUAGAUUAUCAACAUUAAUUAAAUCAGAAACAACUAAACAAAAUCAUAUCAAAACAAUAGAAAGAUCACAAAAAAUUAAAGAAAAGAGAGCAGAUAGCUAUAAUCAUUUUAAUGAGACGAUGUCACAAGCACAACUCUUAGAACAAGCAAAAAAAAUGGAGCUUAUUAAUUUAAAGUCAUUAGAAACUUACCAAAACAAGGAAGCAGAACUUAAGAAAAAGGCGCGUUCUUUUAAAAAACGACAUCAACUCGAAAAUUUUAUCCGUUUUUUAUCAACGUCGAGACACAAAAUACAGAAUAAUUUGAUUCCAGAUCCAACUAUCGAAAUGGAUAUAGAAACAUAUAUUUCCCGAGAUGAAAAAAAUCCUAUCAAUAAUAUCGAUCUCGAUAAAAAUUUACCUUCCAACGAUAUUCCAACAUCGCAAAAUUUUUUGGUUUUUAGCGACGAAAAAAGUUACGAAUCUUAUUUUUCGCUCAACAAUGCCAAUCAAACAAAAUCGAUCGAUAGGGAUCACGAGAAAAUUUGCGAAAUAACGGGCAAAGUCGCCAAGUACACUGACCCACUCACCAAAAAACCUUAUUACGACGUCGAGGCGUUCAAGAAAUUACGGUUGUUGUAUCGAGAGAAAUGAAAAAAAAAACUAUUUUUAUUUUAUAAUGUAUAUACUUUUUUGUAAAUAUAUUGACAAGAUAAAUUAAUUUUAUAUAUAAGAUAAUUAAGAAGUUAUCAAUAUGAAUAGUAUCUAUCCAA